UUUGAUUUCACAUCUAUUAACUGUGUAUUUUCUAAAUAUUCAGGAUGCCUAUAAUUGACAAAUUUAAAGACAUGGGAACUGUCGUAAUGGGAAAGGUUGAAUCUGGUACCAUGUGUGGGGGUGAUUGCUUAUUGGUCAUGCCAAACAAGGCUCAAGUGAAAGUUCUUGCCAUUUACUGUGAUGAAGAUAAGGCUACAAGUGUUGGACCUGGUGACAAUCUGCGGGUUAAGUUAUCUGGAAUUGAAGAAGAGGACAUAUUAUCUGGUUUUGUCUUGUGUAAUGUUGCAAAACCAAUACCAACAGUCACUGAAUUUACAGCCCAGCUGCAGAUCCUUGAGUUGCUUGACAAUGCAAUAUUUACAGCUGGGUAUAAAGCUGUCUUGCAUGUUCAUUCUGUUGUUGAGGAAUGUGAGAUUGUUGAGCUGCUACAACAAAUUGAUCCCAAGACAAGAAACCCAUGAAAAAGAAAGUUCUAUUUGUUA